GAGAGACCGAGAGAGAGAGAGAGAGACCGAGAGAGAGAGAGAGAGAGACCGAGAGAGAGAGAGAGAGAGAGAGAGAGACCGAGAGAGAGACCGAGAGAGAGAGAGAGACCGAGAGAGAGAGAGAGACCGAGAGAGAGAGAGAGACCGAGAGACCGAGAGAGAGACCGAGAGAGAGACCGAGAGAGAGACCGAGAGAGAGAGACCGAGAGAGAAGAGAGAGACCGAGAGACCGAGAGAGAGAGAGACCGAGAGAGAGACCGAGAGAGAGACCGAGAGAGAGAGAGAGAGAGAGAGACCGAGAGAGAGAGACCGAGAGAGAGAGAGAGAGAGAGAGAGAGAGAGAGAGACCGAGAGAGAGAGAGAGACCGAGAGAGAGAGAGAGACCGAGAGAGAGAGAGAGACCGAGAGAGAGACCGAGAGAGAGAGACCGAGAGAGAGAGACCGAGAGAGAGAGACCGAGAGAGAGAGACCGAGAGAGAGAGACCGAGAGAGAGAGAGAGACCGAGAGAGAGAGAGAGAGAGAGAGAGAGAGACCGAGAGAGAGACCGAGAGAGAGACCGAGAGAGAGAGAGACCGAGAGAGAGAGAGAGAGAGAGAGAGAGAGACCGAGAGAGACCGAGAGAGACCGAGAGAGAGAGAGACCGAGAGAGAGAGAGACCGAGAGACCGAGAGAGAGAGAGACCGAGAGAGAGAGAGAGAGAGAGAGAGACACAGAGA